GAGCAGCGCUGGGUAACGGCCACGACGACCGCCAAGACGGCGCCGGUUCCCGCCGCCGGGCUUUCCUGUCGCCAUUCGUUGCGCUUCCGGCUUCUUGGUGAAUUUUUGGAUGAAGCCAUUAAAUUAAUUGCUUGCCACCAUGAGCAGAAGCAAGCGUGACAGCAAUUUUUAUAGUGUAGAGAUUGGAGAUUCUACAUUCACAGUCCUGAAACGGUAUCAGAAUUUAAAACCUAUAGGUUCAGGAGCCCAAGGAAUAGUAUGUGCAGCUUAUGAUGCCAUUCUUGAAAGAAAUGUUGCAAUCAAGAAGCUAAGCCGGCCAUUUCAGAAUCAAACUCAUGCUAAGCGUGCUUACAGAGAGCUAGUUCUUAUGAAAUGUGUAAAUCACAAAAAUAUAAUUGGCCUUUUGAAUGUUUUUACACCACAGAAAUCCCUAGAAGAAUUUCAAGAUGUUUACAUAGUCAUGGAGCUCAUGGAUGCAAAUCUUUGUCAAGUGAUUCAGAUGGAACUAGAUCAUGAAAGAAUGUCCUACCUUCUCUAUCAGAUGCUGUGUGGAAUCAAGCACCUUCACUCUGCUGGAAUUAUUCAUCGGGACUUAAAGCCCAGUAAUAUAGUAGUAAAAUCAGACUGCACUUUGAAGAUUCUUGACUUUGGACUGGCCAGGACUGCAGGAACUAGUUUUAUGAUGACACCUUACGUAGUGACUCGCUACUACAGAGCACCUGAGGUCAUCCUAGGGAUGGGCUACAAAGAAAACGUUGACAUUUGGUCAGUUGGGUGCAUCAUGGGAGAAAUGAUCAAAGGUGGUGUUUUGUUCCCAGGUACUGAUCAUAUUGAUCAGUGGAAUAAAGUUAUUGAACAGCUUGGAACACCAUGUCCUGAAUUCAUGAAGAAACUACAACCAACAGUAAGGACUUAUGUUGAAAACAGACCUAAAUAUGCUGGAUAUAGCUUUGAGAAACUCUUCCCUGAUGUACUUUUCCCAGCUGACUCGGAACACAACAAACUUAAAGCCAGUCAGGCAAGGGAUUUGUUAUCCAAAAUGCUGGUAAUUGAUGCAUCUAAAAGGAUUUCUGUAGAUGAAGCUCUCCAGCACCCAUAUAUCAACGUCUGGUAUGAUCCUUCUGAAGCAGAAGCUCCACCACCAAAGAUACCUGACAAGCAGUUAGAUGAAAGAGAACACACAAUAGAAGAGUGGAAAGAAUUGAUAUACAAAGAAGUUAUGGACUUGGAGGAGAGAACCAAGAAUGGAGUUAUACGGGGGCAACCCUCUCCUUUAGGUGCAGCAGUGAUCAAUGGCUCUCAGCAUCCAUCGUCAUCAUCGUCUGUCAAUGAUGUGUCUUCAAUGUCAACAGAUCCGACUUUGGCCUCGGAUACAGACAGCAGUCUAGAAGCAUCAGCUGGACCUCUGGGCUGCUGUAGAUGACUACUUGGGCCUUGUGGGGGUGGGAGGGAUGGGGAGUUGUUUAGUCAUUGAUAGAACUACUUUGAAAACAAUUCAGUGGUCUUAUUUUUGAGUGAUUUUUCAAAAACGUAGAAUUCAUUUUGUAGUAAAGUAGUUUUUUUUUUUAAUUUCAAGUGAUGUAAUUUAAAACUUAAGUUGUGUUUUAAAACAGCAACAAAACUAUUUUUGCUGUAAUUAACUGUAUAAUGUAAACCUAAUUAUUUUAUCAUGGUUUAAAAUUUUUGCAUAUUUGCUUUAUCUUAUGCUGCUGAUUUUUUUUUUACUGAAUUUGUAAGAUUUUGUUUAUCAAAGCAAUUAUUAUGUGGUGACUUGCCUAUAUCAUGAAUUAUUUAAGAUUUUUAUAGUUUUUUUAUUAGAAUUUAUUCAAAUGUUUUGUUCAUGAUGCUAUCCUUUAGGGUUAUGUGCUUAUCAAUGAAAUAACCCCAGAGGAGUGAGGGAAAAUAACCUGUAGCCAGUUAUAUUCAGGAAUAACUACUGUAAAUGAUGAACGUGUUAAAAAAAACCUCCAAUAUUUGCUACUUGCCAAUUCUAAUUUAGUUACAACAAUUGGUAGGUAAUCCUACAUGAAUUUUGGCAAAAGCCCCAUCAUCUAAAUGGUAGAAUAACUCAGAGCAUGUCUUUGAAGAUGUUGGGCAUCUACCACCACCCUCCUAUCCCCCAUCCUACCCACCAAAAGUAAAGUAAGAGAAUAUGGUGUUUUCUGCAAAUUUGGCAUGCUCAAAGCUUAUGAUCACAUAAAAUCAAGAGGAUACUUCAUGAAUAAUACAUUUUAAUGGAAAUAAACAGAUGGUUCACCUUUACUAGCUAUGAGCCUGUUCUUGUAUACACUGAGUUAAUCUCCUCAGGCUGUAGGUCCCAGCAAUGAUCUAGAGUCUGGUCUUUCUCUUUCCUGCAGCCUCGGGCCCUUGGACCUAUUCGGUUUCUUGUUAGAGUGUCAGUCAGUUGAGCACCAGUUCUCAGGGUGUUUCUGGCCAUUUGAUUCUACCUGUGGCAUAAUCAUAUUUAUACUAGCUGUUGGGAGGUUGCAAAGCCUACUUAGAUUUCUGUAGGUGAUGUAUAAAAUGAGCAAUAUACCGUUCAUCUGAAAAUAGUAGCACACAGCCAUAUAUAGGAUAUCAUUUUCUAAGGACUGUUUCUUCACAUUGAGCAGAGCAGGCAUAAUUGGUGGUUAUUUAGUCUGAGUCUUUCAUUUUUUUAUACCUGAUUUUCAAUAAAACACACAAUGUGGAUGUUGAACAGUGUAAGAAUGGUGCUGCUCCUGACAGUUGUAUGUUAACUGUUUACAUUUUAUAUCUGCAGAAUUAUUUCUCUAUAACUGAAUUUUUCUUAAGUAAAAUGUCAUUGAAGUCUCA